CCCGUCUCGGCCUCCCAAAGUGCUGGGAUUACAGGCUUGAGCCACCGCGCCCGGCCUGGCUUUGCUUUCUUGUCCAGUCUUGGGAGUGCCUGACCACAGAUAAUGAUAUAUAACAUUAUCCCCUCAGAUGCAUAUGUUUAUCACUUUGAGGGGUCAGCAAUUUCACUGCAGGCUGAGUCACUUGUCACAGGUGACUCCAUUUUAAAACAUCUAGGAUCACAAAACGUUAUACAUUAUUUAUAUAUUAGGAAGAAAAUGAGGUCAGGGUAUUUACAGUUAGGUGCUAUGUCAUGACAUUUCAGUCUGCACAGGUGAUGGUGGCUCCAUAAGAUUGUAACGCCAUAUUUUUACUAUAUUCUUUCUAUGUUUAGAUAUGUUUAAAUACACAAAUCAUUACUAUUCUGUUACAUUUGCCUAAAGUAUUCAGUAUAGUAUCAUGCUGCACAGGUUUGUACAGGAGCAAUAGACUGUACAAUAUAGCCUAGGUGUGAAGUAGGCUGUGCCACCUAGAUUUGCGUAAAUUCACUCUAUGAUGUUUGCACUAUGAAACGUCAUUAAGCCAUGCAUGGCUGUAUUCCCUGGUUCCUUUCCUAUGGGGUCACUGCAGGCUAUUUUUCUUGAGAAGGUCACAGCUCCUAUUAGGUAGCCUUGUUCACAAAGUUCUCUCUCUCUCUGGGUUCUAAUAACCUCCUCUUGUCCUUUCAGACCUAGGGAUGGCCAGAGAUAUACCCCACUUUUAGUAGCCUGAGGUUCUGUACUAUGCCUUGGGAUUUCCCUGUACUCUACCCAUAUCUUUAUAAAUAACUCCUUCAUUACAUCUACCUCCAAUUACCACAUUUGAACGUGUCAUCUGUUUUUUGUUAGGACCCCAAUUGACACAGCAUGGCUCCCAAGUUGGUCCAAACAGACUAGAAAGACUUUGAUAGAUGUCGGGGAGCCAUUCCUUUUUUCUACAAGAUGUGAAUGACUGAGCACACAGUUCUGACUGACACGGGCAGCCCUCUUAUGAUCUUGGAGAAACCUGGCCUUAAGUUAUGAAUUAAAUUUGAGGCCAGAGAGAAUUUUUAAAAAUGCUGGUCCUUGCUCACCUCAUAGAAUUAUCAGGUCAGCAACUCUGAUAAUUAAUAAUUCUGGACUUCCAAUUAUGUAACCUAGUAAAUAUUUUUAUUUUUUUAGCCACUUUGAAUAGGAUUUUUCAAGUUUUGAAGCUGAAAAUAACUUAAAUUGAUAGACUCUCACAAGUAUACAUAUGAGGUCAAGGUUAAACACAUUAAUAUUUUUAAUAACCCCUACAAAAUUGCUUUCCAAAAAGUCUGCGGUGAUUCACACAGACAUUCAUGUGGUGAGUGAAUCUAUUUUCUCACACUAUGGCUUACCAUCUUUUUAAUUUGUGCCUUCCUGAUGGGUGGAAACUGAAUCUCAGUAUUACUUUGAUUUGCAUCUUGCUAAUUACCAGUGUGGUUUACUGUAAUUACUUAUAUUUAUUGGACAUUUAUAUUUUCUACUCAGUGAAAUACUUUUUACAUCGAUUGCUCAUUUUCCUAUGAAAUCAUUUGCACUUUUCCUGCUGCUUAGUAAGAAUUAUUUACAAACUAUGGAUAUUAAUUAUUUGUUAGAUGUGUUGCAGAUAUCUUAUCUUGGGUAGUCUGUCUUUUAAAGUUCAUUUCAUGAUGUGUUUUGUCCAAAUUUCUAAAAUUUGGGUGACAUUCAAUUUAUCAUCUUUUUUUUUUUUUUUUUUUUUCAUGGAUUUUGCACUUUGUGUGAUUUGGGGCAAAGAAGGCUAAGGGUUCUCUGUCAUUUGGUUCUUUGUCUAGGAGUUUUAAACUCUAGGCAUUUAACCUAGACCCCUUCCUCAGGUCUGAGCAUCAGUUAGGCAGAGAACCCGUCACCCCCAACUCAUAUCUGGAGAUAAGUCCCGUAAAAGCCCUCCUUUGAGACCCUAGGUUCUUUUGUUCCCUUUUGUUUCCUUCCUGUAGUUGUUACUAUCCAGGAUACCACAUCAAUCCCUUAAUCUUCUUUGGCCUUCCAACACAUGUGUUUCUAGUUCCUUUUAUUCAAUUCCCUUUGUUUGCAAUUCCUAGCAUGGAUUCUGCUUUCAGAGGGAUCCCAAUUGGAAACUCAGGCUUAAGGGAUUUGGGGUGUCAAAUGAUGGGGAUUUUGGAUGCUGUUUUGUGAUGAACAUCCCAAGAAAGGAAAUAUGUUGACUGAUGUGUAAUGGAGGGGAUCUUUAACAGGGCAGAGGAGACUCAAGUGACGUGGCAUUGGCUCAGGUUGACUUCAAACAUAAGUGCACUUGACAUUACCAUGCUCUCUCCUGGGGUCACAGAAACACUGGAAGCCAUAAGGGAUAGAAUUGGGGCUAUGGCAGGAAAGGAUCGUGUUCUACCAAGGCCAAAAAGGAGAUGAGGGUGAAAAGUAAGAGAUAUUGAGUCAGGAGACUGUUCGCAGGGCUGGGAAGAGGGGCUCAUGGAUGAGCUUAUCUGGAAGUUCUGUCUCAUUCUUUGUGCUUUUCUUCCUUACAGAUGGGUAAACCUGAAGCUGUUAGUGCUUCAGGUCUGUCUCCUAAAACUCACUUCACUCUAGUAGUUAACUUGUAUCUCAGUCAAUGUUUAGGCUUGGCUACAGAAAAUAGGAUGGGGUAUAUAAACAAGAUAUAAAAAUAACAAUUACCACUGAUCAGGAACCUAGAAAUGUCCUGCAUUAAUAGGGCAGAGGGUGGGGGAUAAGUUGGCAUCUGGGGCACAGAUUUGGGAGAAAUCACUGCCCACCUCUUUACUUCCUUAGGCAGUUCUGGAGUCCACUGCAUUUUGAGGGUGCCUGAGACCAGGACUGCCUCAGUUAAAAGACCAGUCUACAUAGUCCCUGUGGCUCCCCAUGUGGAUGGAGCUGAAAGAGUGUUAGGUAGGGGAGCUCUACUGCCUGGCUCUCCAUUCAGGUGUGGCCUUAGGUGGGGUAGUUGAGAAAUGCCAUAGGGACCUUGCCUGAGACGUGUGGCUAAUUUGGCUCUUACAGGAUGCCUUUAGCCUGACUGCAGAGGGCAAGGCUCCCGGUCCCAGGAGAUGGAAUCCCUGACAUGAGAGUGCCUGGCAUUUCCAGUUCUAGCUCCAGAAUGACAUGAAAGGAGAGCUGAACUCCAGGGAAGUCCCUUGGUUUCCUCUUUAUGAGAAACCUAGGAUCUGUCAUCAACCUCAUUUCCUUGUGGUUGAUUUUGUGUGGGUUGGCUCAACACUUAUUUCUCAGGGAGCCCGGAUGGGUCAUACUUGUGCUAAUUCUGUGAUUUCUUCCUCCGAGCCUCACAGGAUCUUCUGGUAGGAGGAGCUGGUUUUCUUUCAUGUCAUACGUUUCUCAUGUCCCACCCAGGAAGCUGGGGCCUCCCUCUCUGCUCAUCCAGAUAAAUGAUCCAGGCUCUGUUAGAGCCCAUCACUGCCCUUGGAAGCUGCUGGAGCCACGUUUCGGUCCCCUGGACUGUAGAUAAAGGCCCUUUCUUGCCAGGUGCUGAGACAACCACACCAUGAGAGGCACUCCAGGAAACCCUGCUGGUGGAGGAAGGGUCGUCUAUCAGUCAAUGCGUACACCUAUUACUGGGACUAUUAAUGAUUUGAAUCAGCAAGUGUGGACCCUUCAGGGUCAGAUCCUUGUGGCAGUUCCACGAAGUGACAGUGUGACCCCAGUCACUGUCGCUGUUAUCACAUGCAAGUAUCCAGAGGCUCUUGACCAAAGCAGAGGGGAUCCCAUUUAUUUGGGAAUCCGGAAUCCAGAAAUGUGUUUGUGUUGUGAGGAGGUUGGAGGACAGCCCACGUUGCAGCUAAAAGAGCAGAAGAUCAUGGAUUUGUAUGGCCAGCCCGAGCCUGUGAAACCCUUCCUUUUCUACCGUGUCAAGACCGGUAGGACCUCCACCCUUGAGUCUGUGGCCUUCCCAAACUGGUUCAUUGCCUCUUCCACGAGAGACCAGCCCAUCAUCCUGACUUCAGAACUUGGGAAGUCAUACAACACUGCCUUUGAAUUAAAUAUAAAAUAACUGAACUCAGCCUAGAGGUGGCAAGCUCGUCUUUGUCUUAAAGUUUCCGGUUCCCAGUGUGUUUUCGUCUACAUUUUCUUAGUGUCAUUUUCACACUGGUGCUGAGAUGGGAGCAAGGCUGUUGUUAUCAUCUCAUUUUAUAAAGAAGAAGAAGCAAUUACUUCAUAGCAACUGAAGAAUAGGAUGUGGGCUCAGAAGCAGGAGAGCUGGGUGGUGUAAGGCUCUCCUCUCAGGCUGAUGCCGUGUAGGCCACAAGACAACCGCAUGAGUGACUUUAAGACUCAAAGACCAAACACUGAGCUUUCUCCUAGGGGUGGGUAGGAAGAUGCUUCAGAACUCCUGUGUCUUACCCACGAUGGCAUGACUAGCAUGGAGCUGAUCUCUGUUUCUGUUUUGCUUUAUUUCCUUUUGGGAUGAUAUCAUCCAUAAUCUUUAUAUGUUGCCAGUAUACCUCAUUGUGUGUAAUAGAACCUUUUUAGCAUUAAGACCUUGUAAACAAAAAUAAUUCUUGUGUUAAAUCAUUUUUGUCCUAAUUGUAAUGUGUGAUCUCAAAGUUAAAUAAAUUUUGUAUAUUUAUAUAAUAAUAAAGCUAAAACUGAUAUAAAAUAAA